CUUUAUCCUCUGGCAACAAAGAGUGAGAGGAUUCAGGGCAAGAACGCGCAGGUCCUUCGCGGUCACUGCUGGUCACUCCGAGUUGAACGUAGGCGCGAGCGGGCGCGGACGGCGGAUAGCGUCGUGACAGAUCCGUUCGUUCGUUCGUUCGUUCGUUCGGAGCAACGUUCGUGCGUUCGUCACGAAGAGUUGACGACGAGGAACCACGAGGAACGACGGAGUCGUGAGGCAAGAGGACAGGUGUUACACAUAACAGACCGAGUCUCGCGCCGCGCGUACCGCGUGCAAGAGACUUCGGAUAAUCGAUCGCAGGCGUCGGGCGUCGCGUCGGACCGCCGCACCGGAGAAGUCGGGCAACCGAGUGGCGUCGCGACGCACGGUGUGCACGCUCGGCGCUCGCCGCUUCCGUGGAACGUGUAUCCGUAUCUGUCCGUAUCGUAGGAGCCAGAGCCAGUAUGGCCGUAGAACCUCAGCUGUUUUCACGUCACUGCCUACGUAUUUGAGAGACGAGUGAGAGAGGAAGUUAUCGCCAGCACCGCCGCCGGCUUGAUCCGACGUUAAAUUAAAAAGAGAAGAAAAAAACAGGAAAAAUGUCGUCGGUUAAGGUGGCGGUGAGGGUACGGCCCUUCAACUAUCGUGAAGUCAGUCGUCAGGCACAAUGUAUUAUAGAAAUGACGGGGAGUACUACUUCCAUAGUGAAUCCGAAAGCUACACCAGGAAGCAAAGAAGCGGUCAAGAGCUUCAAUUAUGAUUAUUCCUACUUUUCUAUGGACCCAAAUGAUGAGAAUUACUCGACUCAGCUCAUGGUUUAUAAGGAUAUCGGUGAAGAAAUGUUGGAACAUGCUUUUGAAGGCUAUAACGUUUGCAUUUUUGCAUACGGUCAAACUGGCGCCGGUAAAUCUUACACCAUGAUGGGUAAGCAAGAAGAAGGGCAGGAAGGAAUUAUACCACAGAUUUGCAAGGAUCUGUUUAGGAAAAUCAGUUACACAUCUAAUGAGCGAUUGAAGUACUCGGUAGAAGUGAGUUAUAUGGAAAUCUAUUGCGAGAGGGUGCGCGAUUUGUUAAAUCCGAAAAAUAGGGGAAAUCUUCGAGUAAGGGAACACCCUCUUUACGGACCUUACGUCGAAGAUCUUUCCAAGUUAGCUGUAUUAUCAUAUGAAGACAUUCACGAUCUCAUAGACGAAGGUAACAAGGCCAGGACUGUCGCAGCAACCAAUAUGAAUGAAACAUCUAGCAGAUCACACGCAGUUUUCACGAUAUUCUUUACACAACAACAACAGGAUAGUAUCACUGGUUUGAUGACGGAAAAAGUUAGCAAAAUAUCGCUGGUCGAUUUAGCCGGAUCCGAGAGAGCUGAUUCAACGGGUGCGAAAGGGACACGAUUGAAAGAAGGAGCUAACAUUAAUAAGAGUUUGACGACUCUCGGGAAGGUUAUCAGUGCCCUGGCCGAAAUUGCGGCAACAAAAAAGAAGAAGAAAGCCGAUUUUAUACCAUACAGAGAUUCCGUUUUAACAUGGUUGUUGCGGGAGAACUUAGGCGGAAAUUCAAAAACUGCUAUGAUUGCAGCAGUUAGUCCUGCCGACAUCAAUUACGAUGAGACGCUUUCAACCUUACGAUACGCGGACAGAGCGAAACAAAUUGUCUGCAAAGCCGUGGUCAACGAAGACGCGAAUGCCAGACUUAUCAGAGAACUCAAAGAAGAGAUACAGAAAUUACGCGAACUUCUAAAGCAGGAGGGCAUCGACGUACAAGAAGGGCCAGAUGGCAAAGUUACAUACGAAAAGAAAGAACCUAGGGAUGAAAUUAUUAGAACGAACAAGCGAAAUGAAGAAGACACCAAGGAAACUCGACCAAGAAUUUCUUCUCAUACUACAUCCACCAUUGCCGAAGAGGCGGUUGAACAGUUGCAAGCGUCUGAAAAAUUAAUCGCAGAACUGAACGAAACAUGGGAAGAGAAGUUGAAGCGAACCGAAUCAAUUCGCUUGCAACGCGAAGCAGUUUUCGCUGAAAUGGGAGUCGCUGUGAAAGAGGACGGAGUCACAGUGGGCGUCUUCUCUCCUAAGAAAACACCGCACUUGGUAAAUCUGAACGAGGACCCUCUCAUGUCAGAAUGUUUGAUCUAUUAUAUCAAGGAUGGAUUCACACGUAUUGGCAGUGCCGAGGCGCACGUACCUCAGGAUAUCCAGCUGUGUGGUCCACACAUACUUAGGGAGCAUUGCGUUUUCGAGAACCAUGAGGGAAUUAUAACUCUCAUACCGAAGAACGGAGCCUUGAUUUAUGUCAACGGUCGCGAAGUAACCGAGCCACUUAUCCUAACGACUGGCUCACGUGUCAUCUUGGGAAAAAGCCAUGUUUUCCGAUUUAAUCACCCAGACCAAGUACGUGAACGGAUAGCGAAUGGCUCCCCGGCGGAAACUCCUGGCAAUAACGAACCAUUAGCAGACUGGAAUUUCGCACAGGUCGAGCUAUUAGAAAAGCAGGGAAUCGAUUUAAAGGCUGAAAUGGAAAAGAGAUUACUUGUACUGGAGGAACAGUUCCGUAAAGAGAAGGAGGAAGCCGAUCAAUUGUUUGAAGAACAGCGAAAAAGCUACGAAGCACGGAUAGAUGCGCUACAGAGGCAGGUGGAAGAACAAAGUAUGACCAUGUCUAUGUACAGCAGUUAUACGCCAGAAGACUUCAACAACAUCGAGGAAGAUAUUUUCGUCAACCCAUUGUUUGACGCAGAGAGCAACUGGACCGAGAGAGAGUUUCAACUGGCCGCUUGGGCCUUCCGCAAGUGGAAAUAUCAUCAAUUCACGAGUUUACGGGACGAUCUUUGGGGCAACGCGAUAUUCCUCAAAGAGGCUAAUGCUAUAUCCGUUGAACUAAAAAAGAAGGUUCAAUUCCAAUUUACCUUACUCACGGACACCCUUUAUUCGCCCUUACCUCCGGAUCUCUUGCCCAUUAUGGACGAAGAAGAGGAGGAUGAAAGACCCUUCCCACGCACGAUCGUCGCCGUUGAAGUUCAAGAUAUGAAAAAUGGUGCUACGCAUUACUGGACCUUGGAUAAGCUAAGACAGCGCUUGGAGCUGAUGCGACAUGUGUACAACGAGGACUCGAGCCCCAGCACUCCGGAGGCCAAAGAGGAUAUUUUCCAAUGCCUUACGGUCUACUCUAAUCCGAAGUUCUCGCUCGCAAAUCUUUUGCCUUCGAGGCAAAGGUUGGAGCUGAUGCGCGAGAUGUAUCACAAUGAGGCGGAGCUCUCACCGACGUCUCCGGACUUCAAUAUCGAAUCUAUCACGGGAGGUGAUCCAUUUUAUGAUCGAUUUCCGUGGUUCCGUAUGGUCGGCAGAGCUUUCGUAUAUUUGAGCAACCUCAUGUACCCGGUGCCACUGAUUCACAAAGUGGCUAUCGUAAACGAAAAAGGCGAUGUUAAGGGUUACUUACGAGUCGCUGUACAAGCCGUAGUUGAAGAGGAAAACAGUGAAUAUUCAAGUGGCGUCAGACAAUCAGCCCGAAUCUCCUUCGAGGACGACUUGUUCGGUGGGCAUAAGCAUAAUAAACGCAACUCGCUCCUGGCUCAGACUUUAGAGAAGAAUCGACAGAUUAUGCUGCACGAGGAGCGCGUGGUCGAAGGGCAUAACGAAAUUAAUCAGAAGGACAUGAAAGACGAGGACGAUAUAGGAGAUGCCGACAGCGGCAGAGGUGAUAGCUCAGUCUCGAGCGAUAUGAAGGAGGAAGAGUUGCCGGAUCACUUGCAACCCGGUGCAGAAUUCACUUUCAGGGUAACGGUCCUACAAGCUAUGGGUAUUUCCACGGAGUAUGCUGACAUUUUCUGUCAGUUCAAUUUCCUACAUCGACACGAUGAAGCUUUCUCAACAGAGCCGGUAAAGAACACAGGCAAGGGUAAUCCACCUGGAUUUUAUCACGUACAGAACAUUACAGUCACGGUUACCAAAUCCUUCUUGGAAUAUCUGAAGACUCAACCUAUUGUCUUCGAAGUAUUUGGCCAUUAUCAGCAACAUCCGUUGCACAAAGAUGCGAAACUGGAAUACGUACGACAGCCACCGAAGAGGAUGCUACCGCCAUCCAUACCGAUCAGCCAGCCAGUUCGUUCGCCGAAAUUCGGGAGUGUUCUGCCGUCUCCCAGCACAUCGCAUGUGCAUGCUAAAUACGAUGUAUUGGUGUGGUUCGAGAUCUGCGAAUUGGCACCGAACGGCGAGUACGUGCCGUCAGUAGUGGACCACAGCGACGACCUACCAUGUCGUGGACUGUUCCUGCUCCAUCAGGGCAUACAGCGACGUAUACGAAUCACCAUUGUGCACGAACCGGCUUCCGAAUUGAGGUGGAAAGACGUACGCGAACUUGUGGUUGGCCGCAUACGAAACACCCCAGAACCCGAGGAAGAGGAUAAUGAUUCGUCUGUGCUUUCACUGGGUCUGUUCCCGGGCGAGUAUCUCGAAAUUCCUGGCGACGAUCGAACCAUGUUCAGAUUCGAAGCAGCUUGGGACAGCUCUCUGCACAACUCGGCUCUGCUCAAUCGAGUCACGUCCUACGGAGAACAAAUCUUCAUGACUAUCUCCGCGUAUCUCGAGCUGGAGAAUUGUGGAAGACCUGCAAUUAUCACGAAAGAUUUGAGCAUGAUCAUCUAUGGGAGAGACGCAAGAGUAGGGCCACGUUCACUCAAGCACCUAUUUAGUGGCAGUUAUCGCAACCAGGAAGCGAAUCGACUCAGCGGCGUCUACGAACUGGUGUUACGUCGUUCUUCGGAAGCAGGUAGCCCAGGAGUUCAAAGACGUCAACGUCGCGUCUUGGACACGAGCUCCACAUACGUCCGGGGUGAAGAGAACCUUCACGGAUGGAGACCACGCGGAGACAGUCUCAUAUUCGAUCAUCAGUGGGAGCUCGAGAAGUUGACGAGGCUGGAGGAAGUGGAGAGAGUGCGACAUACAUUGUUGUUGCGGGAGAAGCUCGGUAUUGACAAAAUACCAUUCUGCAAUAAGCCUCUGCACGAUUUUACGAAGAGCGAAAAGGACGUGUGUAAUAUGGUGGCAAAGGCCACAAACGAGCCACAUGCCAGCCCGGUAAAGCUGAAACGUUCGACGAGUAAAGACGUUUACGAACCCUGGGAAAUGACUGAAAGAGAUCGUGAAUUAACGACUAAGUACAUUAAACUCAUUCAAGGAAGAAUCCCGAGCAAGGAACCAAUAUUACUGUCCGAUGUUUCGCCCGGGGAAGACACCAUAACCGAUUUAUCCGCGUCUAUGAUGUCUUCGGUCAUAUCGUCUUCAUCUCAAGAGUUGAGUUCACCGGAAAGGGCUAGACUGCAAGAACUUCAGGAGAGUAUAUUGGCGAGCGAGUCGGCUAAUCAGACUUGUACUGUCGCGCCGCCGCCGCUUGGCUCAUCCUCGCCAUCGAAGGAGAACCUGGUAUUGUACGUGCCAGAGGUGGAGGAAAUACGCAUAAGUCCGGUCAUCGCGCGGAAAGGCUACUUGAACGUUCUCGAGCACAAAACCAAUGGCUGGAAGAAACGCUGGGUGGCUGUUCGCCGACCGUACGUUCUCAUUUUUCGAGAGGAAAAAGAUCCCGUCGAAAGGGCAUUAAUUAAUUUGGCUACGGCUCAAGUCGAAUACUCUGAGGAUCAGCUGGCCAUGGUGAAAGUACCGAAUACUUUCAGUGUCGUCACCAAGCACAGAGGAUAUUUGCUGCAGACUUUAGGUGAUAAAGAGGUCUACGACUGGCUGUAUGCGAUUAAUCCUCUUCUAGCUGGUCAAAUUAGGUCGAAGCUUGCCCGCAAAGGUCCGGCUGCCCCAAAUUUAAGCAAUGGCACGCCGAUUGGCAUGACACCACAACUGGAGCAGCAAAACAAUCAGACCAAGUGAGUGGUCGACACUAUGGCCGGGGUAACGAGUGCAAUAGCAAAGGUGUCGGAGAAAAUGCUGUGUUGGUCACACUCGGCCUUAGAGUCCCAAGACUUCUGCAACUUUCGAUUCGCUAGUCUUUGAUUGACCGAGCGGAGGCGAAGCUGUCCCUUGAGACUAUCCACGAUCGGCAGCAUAUUAAUAUCGACGUUUUACUUUACACAGCGUCCCUUUAGCACGUUAUAGGGCAGUCAGAAUGAGAAAGAAAAGAGAAAAGAGAAGGAAGAUGGUGCUCGUCUUUCGAAGAAGUUACAAAUGUGCGUACAAAUGCAUUCGGUUACACUGUGUUGGAAAAAAAUGUUCGUUAUUAUGUCUCUCCGUACAUUUCGAAUUUUCAUUCGAAGUGCUCUCCACGUCGACGAGACGAAAUCGCGCGCGAAUAUUUUCGUUGAAUUUUUAUUUCUGUAACGCGUAUAUCAACGUGUGACUACGCGAUACCUCUUACGUACGCGAUGUGUGAGGAAGAUAGAAAAUGCAUUUAUGCCUAAUAAA